AUGCUGAAGCUAUGUCUCCCACGUACGACACUUCUAAGAAGCCAGCUUGCCGGCAGUAACCUCAGAAUUAUACCGUCGAUAAGACUAUUAAGCUAUUCAAGACCGUCGCCAUUCCCAAGCAAUAGUCCUAGACCAACACGAUGUUUGACGGUGCCGUCCAGGACAAACUUCAUACCAAGGACUUUGCCACAGUUUCUGGUACCUCAUAGAACUUUGAAGACUGCUAGUACCGAUAACGGUUCAAGUUGGAGAGAUUUGAAAAGAUUAACCGUAUUAAUAAAAAAAGAUAUAAAACUACUCGUACUGGCAAUCGUGCUUUUAACGAUAUCCUGUUCCAUAGGAAUGGCUAUCCCCAAGAUUAUAGGUACAAUUUUGGACACUUUAAGGAAUAAUUACGAAAAUCUGACAUCCCUUUCACAAAUAAAAAUAUUAAAUAUUCCUUUAUCAACCUUUUUGAUGGGUGUUGGUAUAACGCUGAUCUUUGGUUGUUUUGCAAAUUUCGGUAGGGUAGUCAUUCUAAGAAUAAUAAGUGAAAGAUUGGUUUCACGUUUACGUUCUCAAGUCGUUAAAAAUAUUAUCCAUAAAGAUCUUGAAUUCUUCGAUACUUUUAAAGUCGGUGAUUUGAUGUCUCGUGUAGGAAAUGAUGCCUUUGUCGUCUCUAGAUCUAUAACUCAUAAAGUCGCUGAUGGUGUCAGAAGUGGAUUCAUAGGUAUAUUUGGUAUAGGUUUGAUGCUAACGUUAUCCAGAGAGCUUACUGGCGCCUUGUUUGCUAUCUUACCUCCCAUAAUUUGGUGCACUUCCGUCUUUGGUAAGCAAAUAAGAAUGAAUUCUAAAAAACUGCAAGAUGUGACAGGAGAUCUGACUAGAGUUACGGAGGAGCAAUUUAAUGGAAUAAGGACCGUUCAGGGAUUCGUCGCAGAAAGAAAUGAAAUAAAAAGAUUUAACAAUGUUCUGAGGGAAAUCUUUCAAGUGGGGAAGGAAUCAGCUUUCAUAAACGGGAAAUUUUUUACUUCAGCUAGUUUAAUCGGUGACCUGGGAUUCUUAAUCGUACUUACGUAUGGUUCUUACUUGGUUAUGCAUGGCUCGAUGUCUAUCGGUGACUUAACAGCAUUUAUGCUCUACACUGAAUAUACCGGAAAUGCAAUAUUCGGUUUGUCAUCUUUCUACUCGGAAUUGAUGCAAGGUGUAGGUGCAGCGUCUAGAAUAUUCGAAAUUAAUGAUAAAGAACCCAAAAUUAAAUCAACCACUGGUGAAGCAAAAUUCAAGCCAUUAAAUGAAGUCGGUGGUUGCGAAAUUGAAUUUAAAAACGUUUCCUUUUUCUACCCAACAAGACCAACAAAUCAAAUAUUCAAAAAUCUAAAUUUCAAAGUCCCCGCAGGUUCGAAUGUUUGUAUCGUGGGUCCAUCAGGUCGUGGUAAAUCAACCAUUGCAUCCUUGCUUUUACAUCAUUAUAAUGCGGUAAGUGGACAGAUUUUAAUAGAUGGACAAGAUAUUGCCACAUUGAAUACAAAAUCUCUGCGAAGGAAGAUAGGUAUUGUUCAACAGGAACCAAUCUUAAUGUCAGGUACAAUUAGAGAUAAUAUAACUUACGGCCUAACUGAGGAACCUUCCAAGGAAGAAAUUAGAUUAGUUGCCAAGCAAUGCUUUUGUCAUAAUUUUAUCACAAAGUUUCCAGACACGUACGAUACUACAAUAGGUAGUGGUUCCAGUGGCACAAGUUUAAGCGGUGGUCAAAAACAACGUAUUGCAAUUGCUCGUGCAUUAAUCAAGAAGCCAAAUAUACUGAUCUUAGAUGAGGCUACGUCUGCUUUGGAUGUUGAAAGUGAAGGUGCAAUUAAUUAUACAUUUGGUCAAAUCAUGAAAAGCAAAUCGAUGACAAUUGUGAGUAUAGCACAUAGAUUGAGUACUAUCAGAAGAUUCGAAGAUGUCAUCGUUUUAGGUAACGAUGGUUCCGUUGUAGAAAUGGGUAAGUUCAAAGAAUUAUACGACAACCCAACUAGUGAAUUAUCCAAAUUGUUGAAUGAAAAAUCAUCUACAAAGGAAGCAACCCCACAACCUGUCAAUCCACCACCAUUUAUAGAUUUACAAACGAACCCUGAAGAAAAGAAAGAGGCAGAUAACGCGUCUGAAGAAAAUGGAGCUAAGCUCGAUGAUUCAAAAGAAGAUGUGUCCGUUCCAGAUAAUAUGACUUCAUCCGAUGAUUCUUUGAAAGAAGCUGUAAACGAAGGGGGUCCUAUCAAGAUUACACCUCGGUGA